AUGUAGGUAAGAUAUACUGGAAGCAAUCGGUGUCUCUUACGAAGCGAGUUUUAUUUUACUCUAAUGCAAGCUCCAGCUGUCCUGGAAAAUACUGUCAUGGAUAUGGAAGCGUCAACGGAAAAAAACCGACCCGACCACAACACUGAGAGCAGGCUAUGUUUCGUAACUGUCCUUGAACGCUUCGUGAAAUCAGCAACAGUUUUGGAAGAAACAGUUUUGUUUCCAAGCGUCUUGAUGGAUUUAUCUGUGAACGCAUUUGAAGCAAAAAUAAAUCCGAAUGAAAUAUAUUUAUAUAAAGAAAUGGACUUGAGGACGUUUUGCCGUAUGGUGAAAUCGUUGAGAAUUCAACUUUUGCAAGGUUGUAGCUUCAUUGAAGAAGGAUUGGAGGAAAAUAAGCAAAUAAGAAACAAAGUGGAAGAACUGUGCUUGCAAUUGAAAUCCUUAACUCAACAUGCUAAGUAUCUCAGGUAUGCUUCAAAGGAAAUAGCUUUCUCAAAAAAACCAGUUUCUUUCCAGGAAUACAAUGUGCAAACGUGUGAACGUAUGCUGCUUUGCGAGGAUCACUCCACUUGUAACUUGCGUGACACUCUACAAAUGUUUCUAGACGCGGUUGAAGAAAUGGAGAAGGAAACAUUGUUUCCGUGCCUUUUGAAAUCCUUCAGAACACUUGAUUACGGUUGUAGCAUGAACUCUGAACAGAAUUUAAACGAUUUGUUUGUAAGGUUACUUCAGGUAAGAAGCGUGUUGCUGGCGGCUUCUUAUUGUGAGAAUUUUGAUGAAUCCGCUUUCUGUCAAAUUGUGACCAAGCUGAAAAACGUUUUUAACUUCUAUGCCAUUAUGGUGGAGGAAAUUAUUGUCAUGUAUCGGCGGAAAGUCCACGAAGAUUAUUGAAAAGGGUAAUAAGGGACGCAACAUUGCUUUCUUUAGAUGUGCGCUGCUCCUCCAUAAUAUCAUAUUUUAGACAAAACUACCUUUUACAUAAUCAUAUAUGUAAUUAAUGGAGAAAAUGGAGAAGUAAAUAAAUGAUAAAUAACAGAAGGGUAUAUAUUAUGUAAAGAAAGGAAAACAGUCAUACCAGAAAAAGAUAAGUUCAUGAGCCUACCUCCGAGGGACACUCACUUAAUUGUUUUUCGGGGUCUUGCUCAUCGAACAAGUGCACAAGUUUAGUGACUAGAAGGCUUUGGUGUCCUUGUGGAUUGGAAGCUUUUAACAACUUGUAAACUUGACGAUGCACACUCAAAAUGUGUGUUAGUGACAAUGUGUAGUUUUGUAAAUUUUGACUCAUUAUCUUUUA